AAUAGUUACAACCUAAAACGUGUAUGAGAAUCAUCAACAAGUUGGAGAAACUUCCAUUAAACUCAACACAUCCGCCGUCACAAACGUUUUAGACACUCGUCCGUCCGCCUUUCUCUUCCGGCCGUGUCAAUGGAGAGUUUCAACUUCAAGCACCGUGUUGAUGAGUUAGUUUCAAAAGUUGAUCAGCUUGAGCAGAAAGGGCAUGAGAUAGAUAGUUUUUUCUCCAGCACGAAUAAAAAGCAAACAGACACGUCAAAAGGUAACUCAACUUUGAAGGACAAAGAUAAGGAGAAACAUGUUCCAAGUAUUAAGAAGCUACAGCAGGAUGCAUCACGUAGAGAAGCGGCUGCUCAGAAAAGAAUGCAAGAUCUUAUACGCCAGUUUGGCCCAAUAUUACGCCAGAUGACACAACACAAAUGGGCUUGGCCUUUUAUGCAACCAGUGGAUGUAGAGGGCCUUGGCUUAAAUGAUUAUUAUGAGAUCAUUGACAAGCCCAUGGAUUUCAACACCAUUAAGAACCAAAUAGAGGCUAAUGACGGUACUGGAUAUAAGCAUGUUCGUGAAGCAUGUGCUGAUGUAAGGUUGGUUUUCAAAAAUGCUAUGAAAUAUAAUGACGAAAGAAGUGAUGUUCAUGUGAUGGCAAAAACGUUACUGGAAAAGUUUGAGGAGAAAUGGUUGCAAUUCCUGCCUAGAGUUGGUGAAGAGGAAACUAGACGAGAAGAGGAAGAAGCUGAAGCACGGUUAGCCAUGCAAUUUGCUCAAGAAGCAGUUCAUGCUAAAAUGGCUAGAGACUUGAGUAAUGAGCUGGAUGAAGUUGAUGUACAUUUAGAAGAGCUCCGGGAGAUGGUUGUUAAAAAAUGCAGAAAAAUGUCAACUGAAGAAAAGAGAAAUCUUGGAAUUGCUCUCACCAAACUGUCUCCUGACGAUCUUAGAAGAGCAUUGGAUAUUGUUGCCCAAACUAAUCCAAACUUCCAAGCAAAUGCUGACGAGGUGGAUCUUGACAUCGACGCUCAGAGUGAGUCUACCUUGUGGAGAUUAAACUUUUUUGUCAGGGAUGCUCUUGAAGUCCAGAGCAAGAAUUCUGAAAGCAUGGAUGGCGAUGAAAACCCGAACAACAAACGUAAAAGAGAAUUAUGCGAUGCUAUAGCAAGUGUUUCGAAGAAGAAGACCAAGAAGCCUACUUGAAGGUCAUUUGGAGAUAACAUGCUACUCUUAGGUUGUCUUGAGUUAGUGAUGAUAGCCAACCACCUUGUUUGAUGAAGACAUCCUUAUGUCAAACAUAGUUUUUUUAAGGUGGCUCAUUUUUGCUUUCAAAGAAAUCCUUGAAAUGUAACCUAGUUUUGAAGACAUUUUUUUGGUUGUCCUUUGGUUUUUAA